ACAUUUUAACCAAUAUUAUCAGAUCAGGACAAAUAUUAAUUUCUCCAUUUUUGUUCCCAUUCCUCUCUCCUCCUCCUCCUUCUCCUUCUUCCUCCAUUCCCCUAGUUUUGCGAGAUCUCAUAAUUACGUCGCACAUAAAAUUCUCCAGUAAAAUUAAAGUGUGUCUACUACUACUACUACCACUAGCUAGCUUAGGUCACUUUCAUCAUCCAUAUCUAUGGCUUCUUCUCCAUUCUCUCUCCUCCCAAAAUAUCCCUUUCUUCAUCAUAUCCUUAUCUCAAAUUGAUUCAAUCAAUCCAUAAACCAAUCGAUUUCCGAAUUCAAAUCUUUUUGAUUUCAUUUAACUUUUUAUAUCUUCCAAUAGAUUUCAGCUGAAAAAUGGCGAACAACAAUAACAAUCACUACAAUUAUCGAAGAAGUAUGUCAGAUGAAAUCUUGGAAUGUAUACUACCGUAUAUUCAAGAUCCUCGGGAUCGAUCCUCAAUAUCAUCGGUUUGCAGGCGAUGGUAUGAGCUAGAUCGGUUGACCAGACGACACGUCACGAUUGCGUUGUGUUACGCAACCACGCCUCUACAGCUCCAUGAUCGGUUUCCGAACAUCGAGUCGUUGAAGCUCAAAGGAAAACCUAGAGCUUCCAUGUAUAAUUUGAUUCCGGAGGAUUGGGGUGGUUAUGUGGGACCCUGGGUUCAGACUCUGCCCAGAUUUCCUCGCCUUAAUAAGCUCCAUUUUAGGCGGAUGAUUGUUACGGAUGAAGAUCUUGGGAGUAUUGCCACCGCAAAAGGCCGUAAUUUACAGUGCUUGAAGUUGGAUAAGUGCUCUGGCUUCUCCACGGAUGGUCUCUUGCGUAUCACUAGCUCUUGCAGAAACCUGAGAACACUGUUUCUGGAAGACAGUGGUGUCGAGGAGACUAAUGGUGAAUGGUUUCACCAGCUGGCACUACACAAUAUAGUUCUUGAAACUCUGAACUUCUAUAUGACUUUUAUGGAGAAAAUCACAGUUGAAGAUCUUGAACUUCUUGCCAGAAAUUGUCCUUUAGUCUCUGUGAAAAUUGGAGAUACUGAUCUUGUUCAUCUUGGAAAAUUUCUUCGUACAGCGACGAGAUUGCAAGAGUUCUCCGGUGGUUCUUAUAACGAAGAUUUAGACCAAUAUGGUAAUAUUGUAUUUCCAGCUCAAUUAACUUCAUUGGGUCCCAUGUUCUUGGUGAAAAGUCAUUUGCCUGUAUAUUAUCCAAUUGCACACUCGCUGCGGAGGUUGGAUCUUGUUUAUGCAUCGCUUAACAGUGAGGGGCACUGCGAUCUGAUACGUAGAUGUCAAAAUUUAGAAGUUCUGGAGACGACAAAUGUAAUUGGUGAUCAGGGUUUGGAAGUUGUAUCUUUGACGUGCAAAAGACUGAAGAGACUACGUAUAGAACGAGGGCCAGAGCCAGAUGAACGAGGGCCAGAGGCAGUUGAGCAAGGACUGGACCCUGAACCAGGUGUGGUUACACAGACGGGAUUAAUUGCUGUAGCACAAGGAUGCCCUGACCUAGAAUACCUAGCCGUUUAUGCGACCGAUAUAACAAAUGAAGCCUUGGAAUGUGUAGGUGCAAACUUAAAAUAUUUGACUGAUUUCCGACUUGUAUUACUUGACAGAGAAGAAACAAUCACUGAUUUGCCACUGGAUAACGGAGUCCGAGCUCUAUUACGGGGUUGUCAAAAUAUGCAACGGUUUGCGUUGUACCUCAGACAAGGAGGUUUGACUGACACUGGUCUGGGGUACAUUGGUGAGUUCAGUAAGAAAGUGAGGUGGAUGCUUCUAGGUUAUUUGGGGGAAACUGAUGCAGGUCUAAUAGAAUUCUCAAAGGGAUGCCCUAGCCUUCAGAAACUAGAGAUGAGGGCUUGUUACUUUACAGAACAUGCACUGGCUACUGCAGCAAUACAACUGCCUUCUCUAAGGUACAUGUGGGCCCAAGGAUACCGAGCAUCUCAAACGGGGUUUGUUGAUAUAGUACAAAUGGUUCGACCAUAUUGGAACAUUGAGCUGAUUCCUGGGGAUCAGUACAAUCACAACAGCGACGACGACAAUGGCCAGCCUGCUAGGGUUGACCAUCCAUCCCAUAUUGUUGCUUAUUACUCGCUUGCUGGACAGAGAACAGAUCAUCCUGCUACUGUUUACCCUCUGCCCCUGCCGGAACCCUAGUGUGGUAGAGUCUGUAUAUAUUCCCACUUCUUUUUCGAUUGGGAUUUUCUGCUCCACCAUGUUCAUACAGUUUUGAUAUCUUCUUUCUUUGAGAGUCGAUUUUGAUUGUUUUUUAAACAUUUUCAAGACAAUAAGGUUGUUUCUGAGCUGUUGUAUUCUUCUUGUCUUGUACCAGUAGUUUUUUUUAAUCUCAUUCUCUUACACACUCUGUAGUCUGUAUCCCUCUUAUUGUUUGGCAUGCUGCAUUUUUGGAGCAAAUAAUAUCUAUCCCAUCUAAAAUA